GUAACGAAUCUACAACGCUACAUACUCCGUUUGUACUGAACACAUACGGAGUAGAUGAACAUUUUCUUGUUUAAUGAAGUGUUCAUGGUCGACUCUGGGUUGAAAUAGUUAGAAAAGGAGGCUAAGCGGUCGCACCGAGUCCGUUAUCUGAGUAUCUGGGAGUUUCAAAUGAAGUAAGAUAGCGUGGUUGUGCGCGCGCGCUCACUCGGUUGGUAUUCUGCGGUUGCCAGGAUACAGUCGCGAUGCUUGUUGAGUUAGAAGUCUGAUUGGCUGCGAGGCUGAUAAUCAACAUCAAGAGAACGUUUUUCUGCUCUCGAGCCUCACGAGGAAAACUCGCUAUGUUUGGUUGCUAUUCUGAUUAUAAAUAAACCAAACAACGUCAACUUUGUCGAAGAAAAAUCGAAGAUGGUGACAGAAUGUGGAUACAUGCCUUAUAUGGAAAUGAAGUCAAGCUUUGCUCAAAAUACAGAGGACACCGAGCCUCCUGGCAAAACUAUGUCACAAACCAAACAGAAUAAAGAUGAUGGAUAUGGUUUAAGUUUGCAGCUGGGAGAGGAAUAUGAAAGGAAAAAGCAAAAGCUGAAGGAAGAGCUUCGCCUGGAUUACAGGCGCUUUGUGUUGGAGAAACAAAAUGUCAGUGUCAAUGAGCCAUUUUCUCAAUCCCAAACACAGUCUCUCCUCACAAGAGAGAGGAGAUCUACUAAAGAUACAAUGCAAGGUGAGAAGACUAAGGACUACAGUCCGUUACUCCGAGGAGAGGAGGAACUGCAGAAGAUGAGAAAAACUUCAAAUGCCCCACAGCCCCGGGGAAAAGAUCAUUUCAUCUCUACAACCUCAUACCAUCCAUCGUUUUCUCCAAAGCCGCGAGGACGCAAGAGUCCAGAGAGGCUGAAGUAUUCCAAGAGAGACAACCCGAUCGAUCGCGUGUCUCAUGCUGCCCCGAUGCCAGCGCGAAGAGAUUUGGAGGACAUACCCAGACGCUGGCUAAGGAGGUCCAGGAGGGAACGCUACAGCUCUGAUGAGGAGCUGAACUCUGAUGAAGAGGAACAAGAGGAGCUAGAGCUUCUGCAAAGGAGGAGGCCCAAACAUCGACCUGAGCCUGCACUGGCUGGCAGGAGACACCGAAAACUCCAACACAGAGCUGAUAGGUUUACUCAGGAGAACACCGAAGUGGAGGAACCUACCGUUAACGUAGAGGACCAUCAAGAGGAAAACAGACGAACUCCACUGGCACCAAUAAAAGCCAAUCCACUAGCACCAGCGCAAGCCAGAGCUGCAAACAAGAGGAACAUGGCAGAGUUUGCUACAGGACUUAUGAUCGGGGCUGCUGAGGGAGAGGAAGCUGUUCAGAGAAGAAAGGAGCGUUACAGACAGGAGCUACUGGAGCAAAUAGCCGAACAGCGCAAAAAUAAGAAAAAGGAAAAGGAGCUCGAAUUGAGAGUUGCUGCUACAGGAGCUAUCGACCCGGAGAAAGAGUGUAUGACCGUGUACCUGCCUGGUCUCCCACAGCCUGACAGGAUUAAACAGUUUGGUGCUGUAAGGAGGGAGCAUGAAGGCAGGAGACGGGAUGUGCCCUACAAGCCUGGAAUGGGACUGGACACCCUCGGGGCAGACAUGAUUAAGAGGACACAGGAAGUAGAGAGAGAGCCACCGGAGAAACCCCGCAUGGCCUUCCAGUCUCCUAUUCUGGAAUUCAGCACCGCUCUGGGGCACCUGGGUAACACGGCCAGCACCGGAGUCAGAAACGGUGGCGUUGCGGCAUUCAACGAAAACUUUUCCAAAGACUUCUCCGGAACUAUUGGAGAAAUGGUUGCCCCCAGAGUUGCAAGAGUUGCUCCUCCGCCGGCACCCACCCUGUCCGAGGCAUACAGCACUCCGUACGAUGAAGCCUACUAUUACUACGGAGCCAGGAAUCCCCUAGACCCUAAUCUGAUCAACUAUGGACCUCCAGCAGUGCACCCACCACCUAUUCUCCCAGCCGGGGCAUUUAAAUCAGUCCUUCAGCCUCCUGCUGGAGUCUUUUCACAACCAGCUCCACAGCAUGGCGUUUCUCCUUCUGGAAUUGGGAUGGGAGCAAAUCCUGACAGGCACCAAUAUUCCAAGGACCGUACACAAAGCUACAAGGAGGCACUUCAACAACAGAUUGAAGAGAGGCAGGAAAGGAAGAGACGAGAGAGGGAGGAGCAGGAAAGGUACGAGGCGAAACUGGAGGCUGAGAUGAAAGCCUAUGAGCCGUGGGGAAGAGGAGGCGCUGGGGCUCCACUUAGGGAUGAACAAGGAAACCUCAUCAGUGAUCUGAAGCGUAUGCACAGAAGCAACGAGGAGGCAUAUGCGAACCCAGACUCGCGUAACAAAACAGACGUAGCAUCAGGGGAUUGCACUGGAGCCACAGCAAGGCCAGAGGAUAAGGAUUUUACUUCACACAGAGCAUCAGAUAACAAAGUUUCCUCCUUCACCCAGCCAUCACCACACGCUCGAGGAAACGUGUUCAGUGAGCUUCCAACGCCACAGCAGCUCCGUGACCAGGAGAGAUACAAGGAGAGCCUAAAACAGCAGAUAGAGGAGAAGCGGAGGAUUGAAGCAGAGAGGAGAGAGAAGCUGCGGCUGGAGGAGGAGAAGGAGGAGAAGAGGCUGGCUGAGCAGAGAGUGCAAAUGCAGAGGCAGUUUGAGGAGGAGCAGAAGAAGGAAAGACGCAAGCAAAACGCCCGAGAGCAGGAGGUGACCCGGCAAGCUGAGGAGCGGCACAGAGAGGCCGAAAAGAAGAGGCAGGAAAAGAAGGGGAAUGAGGCAUUGAAGCGACAGUACGAGCAGGAAAGGCAAGCCCGCCUGGAACAGGAGUUCAGGACUCAUUCACCACCCAUCCCUACAAUCCAAAAGAAAUUAGGCCACCAGGUUUCUCCCAGACCGCCUUCAGUCAAGAGCCAACGGUCAACUUCAGCUUACUCUGUUCGGUCUAUUUCCACUCCCCAGUCCCCACCUGUUCCUGCACGGAGGAACCAGAUCAGAGCAGCAGAGGAACAGCAAGAUGUGAUCAGGAAGUUAUCAUUUAUGCGUCGGCACCUCAGAAGUGAGCAGAAACGGCUCGAAGGGCAGCUACAACACUCCGACAGAGAGGAUACGCAAACUCCCUUGAAAAACAGAGCGCAACCUCCACUCAACGCCUUUGACAUGGCCAGGCUGCGACUGGAGAUGCCUGUAAAGAGACCCCCUACAACCACCAGAGCACCGAACAAGCAGAUCAUACACGACUUCAACCAGCUCAAGUACAGAGACAGCGAGUCCCGUGAAGAAGUAAGGCAGGCGUAUCCCGACCCACCCACUGAUGAGGCCAGCCUGGAAAUCCAGCAGCAGGCUCUGCUCAGAGAGCAACAACAGAGACUCCACAACAUGCAAAGAGCCAGAGCUGUCGAUUACUUUGACCUGUCAUCUCCCAUGAAGCCUGCUCCUCUUCGGAGUAACGGUUAUGCCGAAGAGGGCGAGAGAGACACACAAUUAGAGUCAGAGAGUGCUUUUAUCGACGCUAACGGUUAUUCCUUACCCGUAACACCGCAGUCCGAUCGAAUCUCUGCUAGAGAGAGAAGACGGCGUGCCAGGAGGAAGGACUACUCCGAUGAUGGAGAGACUCCCAGCAAAGAGAGGAACAGCUAUUCUCUGGGUUCAGCAAACAGCUUCCAGCUGGAUCGAGUGCGAGAACUGAACCAUCGCAGGAUGCGAGUGUUGGAUGACAUGAGUGAGAAGGACUGGAGAUCAGGAGAAAUAUCAGCUGAUGAAGGGGAUGACCUUUGGCAGUAUACUCCAUCUCCACCUUCUGCCGGUCGUGUUUCCACAACAACAGUCGCCACGGAAGCCUGGCUCCGCCCCGGCACCACAGAAGCGCUCAAGAAGCUAAUGGCAGGUCGAAGGCCGUCCAGCCGCAACCUGCCAAGAGACGAACGGGACGCGCCGUCCACUUACCACGGCUAGUGCACGUUCCCAGUCUAAUUUCAAACCAAAAAGGGGCGUGGUAAAUUUGCUGAAUGUCUUCGUUUGGCUGUCGUGAAACAGUUACACGGGCCACAUGGGUUUGAAGCCAUGAGCCGAAUCUCAAGAGGAGCAGAGCUGUGUGUGUGUGUGUGCACGCGUGUGCACCUCCUGCCAGCCAGCAGCGUCUGAGAUGAUUUACUGCACACUGUUUCUCUGGUACAACUAACAUCGCUUUAUAUAUUUGAUGGAUAUAUUAUAUGGUUGUAAGAUAAUGUAUUUUAAAUAUGGAAUAAAUUAUUUUUGGACUA